UCCGAUCCGCAAUCCUCCACACGCCGUGCGACGCGUCAGACUCCUGUCCUGCCUCCUCCGGUUCCCGCCUCUGCGCUCGUGCCGCCGAAUCCUGCGCCUCCAGUCGCCGCGACGCACAAAAUGACCGCUCCUGUGCCCGCCGUCACCGCCGUUCCUCUGCCUCCGAUCCUCGUGGCCGAUCCGCUGAAGCGAGGCGCGCGCAAUGGGCCUCGCCCGCCUGGCGCGAACGCCUCCCCUCUCCCUCCUGCUGCUGCCACUGUUCAGCCUCUCCCGCCGCUCCCAAACCUCCCGACAGCUGCUCCCCGCAGCGCAAUACCUCCGCCGCUCUCGCCUGGCUCCAGAGAACGUAGGCCACCCUCGGAUCUGGUUGCGCCCGAGAUCACGUACCACGUUCCUCAGGCGAAUCAACAUGGCCGACAGUCUUCAUUGGUGCGGCCUCACGGGCCCUCAGCACCGCCUCCAAGACUGGAUAAGAUAGGGCCAGCACCAAUGGUAAUUACGCCGGUACUACCUCCUAAGCCGCCAACGCUGCCGGUAUCUGAUCGACCACCUCCGAGGACAGAUCGUAACAUCGACAAGGUUGUUUUGGGAAACUUAUGCUUCCGCACGUGGUAUCCCAGCUACUACGGUAAAGAGGUUCUAGGGGCUACAUCGGGCAAUGCAAAGGGAGGCAGCAAGGAGGGGCUUCUUGACGUGGCCGGCAAGGGGCCAUCAAAGAAGGAAAAAGAUGGCUUGCCCAUGUUGGAGAGGCUCUACGUCUGUCCCAGCUGCUUCAAAUAUGCCAAAGAACUUGUGGCCUGGUGGGGUCAUGUCAAGCUCUGCCAGCAGCGAGCUCAUGUCCCGGGCAAUAAGAUCUAUGUACACCCCAAAGGCAGGCGGACCGUGUAUGUUCCGCAGGAUGGCAGUCGAGGUUCAGGGCAGAAGAAGCGACGGGGAGAGGGAAACAUACGAUACGUUGAGGAAGUUGUUCAAGAUGAGGGAGAAUGGAGCCUCUGGGAGGUGGACGGAGAGCAGGAUGUGCUCUUUUGCCAGAACCUGUCCCUCUUUGCGAAGCUCUUCCUGGACAACAAGUCCGUCUUUUUUGACGUGACGGGCUUCAACUAUUUCUUAUUGGUAUAUACGCCGCCAACAGUGGCAACACCGUCUGGUAUGCCUGCUCCCCCUGUGACACCCCAAAUCACAGGCUUCUUCUCAAAGGAGAAGAUGUCGUGGGAUAACAACAAUUUGGCGUGCAUCCUCAUAUUUCCUCCGUGGCAGCGCAAGGGACUCGGCGCCCUCCUAAUGGGCGCUUCCUACGAAAUCUCGCGACGAGAAGGCAUCAUGGGCGGCCCGGAGAAGCCUAUAUCUGAUUUGGGCAAGAAGGGGUAUCAGCGCUUCUGGGCUGGGGAGAUUGCCCGCUGGCUGCUAGGCCUGGACGUUGCGCAGACGGAUCCGGAAAACGGGCAAGAGACGCUUGUAGAUGUAGAGGAUUGCAGUCAAGCGACGUGGAUUACACCGGAAGACUGCUUGGGUGUGCUGAGAGACAUGGGUGUCGUGGAGGAUGCUGGUAUUGGGCCUGGAAAGCCAGAGCCUUUGGAUGACCAGCAGGUGCCGCUAUCGGAAGAAGACAAGAAGAAGAAGCAGGCAGCAACUAGCGAGGAGGAUGCGGCGAAACAAAACAUCAAAAGAGCAUCGGCCGAGGCAGAGGAUGAGAAGCCGAAGCCCAAGCCGGCCGUCAAACAAGUCCCGAGAGUCCGAGUCGAUAAGGAGGCAGUGCGGCGAUACGUGGCGGCUCAUCGACUCGUUUUGGACAAGACGUGUGAUUCGGAUGGUUUCAUAGAGGGAUAUGCCAUGAAGACGGCGGAGAAGGCAGCCAGCGAAAGUGCUGAAUCUAGAGACGAGGCUUCGGCGAGAGGAUAGAAGAUGUGGGUGGGCCUUGGCGCAAUGGGAAUUACAAUGAUACCCCUUUGGAUUU